AUGGGCGCAGGGAUGGGCAUGGGCAUGAGCGGAGGUAUGGGGAUGGGAGGUGGAAUGGGGAUGGGGAUGGGGAUGGGAGGAAUGGCAGGUGGGAUGGGAAGUGUGGGAGGUGGGAUGGGAAGUGUGGGAGGUGGGAUGGGAAGUAUGGGAGCCAUGCCGGGAGCUAUGGGCAUGGGCAUGGGCGGAGGGAUGGGCAUGACGGGCAUGGGAAUGGGGAUGGCUGGUCCAGGAGCUGGAAUGCGGCCCAUGGGUAUGGGAAUGGGAAUGGGUGGAAGUGUAGGGAUGGGUGGAAUGGGAAUGGGCGGUGCUCCCGGAAUGGACGUAGGUGCAGGUCUCGGAAUGGGCCUUGGUGGUGGUGUUGGGAUGGGUAUGGGCGGGCCCCCCGCAAUGGGUGGACCCGGGUUUCAAAAUCGGUGGCUAUAGUCCCUCUGCUCCCUGAAUUCUGUACGUAAUUGAUUGAUGCAGCGUAAUUCAUGUCUCCAACUCGAUGAAGGAAAAACAGAGAGAGAGAGGGAGAGAGAGAUUGCAUCUUAUGGCACUCUGCACGAGCUGGAGUCGGUUGUGGGUGCCUUAAAGGUGGUAACAGGAAGAGAGAGACGGAAGGGGAGUAAACUGGAUGUGUGAGCGUUAUUGCGGCGAGAUACUGCAACCGGAAAGGCGUUGUGUUUGAUUGGUUUUGUUGAAGUUCACACGCACAUGGAGAGAAUGGAAGUACGGGUCCAAGGAGGUGAUGGAGCGUGUCAGGGUGUUACGGAUUGCGAGUGACGCAGAAAGGUGAUAUUGACGGAAAUUCUGAAGGACGCUUUUCAAGCUGAGGACAAAAGAAGAGGGGGGUAUGAUGAAGAGUUCCGACAGGAAUGGGUUUGAAUUGGGUGCAUAAUUUUUCUUGGUAGCGAAUGGGUGAAGGAGUCGUAAGUGCGUGGGUGUUCUGGUAUGACGGUGGACGAGGGAGUGAAGAGGGGGGGGAUUAUUAUUUGAGAUGUUCAUAUAACGCUGUGCUGUCUCAUUUUGCUGGUUCCAGCAUGAAAUAAUAUCUCGCGAAGAGAGAGAGCGAGAGCGAGCGAGAGAGCGAGAGUGAACGAGCGAGAGAGAGAGCGAGAGAGAGAGAGAGAGCGAGAGAGUGCGAGAGAGAGAGAGAGAGAGAGGUGGGGUGGGGAGGUAGGGAGUUUUAAGAGUAAUCGAUUUGGCGUCGGUUUUGGAAAGGGGGAGGGAAGGAUUAUUCGAGUAAUCGAACUUAGGUUUUGGAGAGAGAGAGAGAGAGAGUUUCCUCGCACAGUGCGGAUAACAGUCGUCGAAUAUUUUUCUUGGAUAGGAGGUAGGCCUUCCAGGGUGAGUGUGUCAGUCUCAGCCCGUACAAUGAUCUAUUUGGAGGGAGGGAGUCGGAGAAGGGAUGGGAGACGAGGGUGACGAUGAAUCCGGUUUUUCUUCAAGUGGAUUGGAUUGUGGAGUUAAUGAACUUUCUUUUAACCUUAUCCUCCACCCAUCCUUGCUUCUGUUGCGCAUGUCACGUCCGCGUUGUCUCAGCCUUGUGAUGAGAUGCCGUGUCGUUGAUAUCACUGAUUGUUUUCCAUGGUUUUCCUCUUCUUUCUCCUUUCUUCCGUGACUUGAGUUCCUUAUCCAAUACCUUUCAUUGCUUUAUUGGGUCCAGACUGUCGAAGUAGCAGAUCAAAUCGUGAGCUGGUAUAACGGACAUGUUGCCUCGUGUUAUCGUUUUUCGUUUUUACCGCGAUUAUAUAGAUUUCCUGCGAUAAGAUAGGAAUUCUGUCCUCUUGCCGCCUUUAGCCACCACCCACAAGCGGUCGCCUCUCUUCCCAAGCACUGGCCUCCCCUCCCCUCCCCUCUCCUCCCGUCCCACCACUCUGCCUGUCCGGAGGCUCUAGAUCGUGAGGAGAUUGGUGAUGCUGUUUUAGGCAGUAGGAUAGGCCGUUGUAAGGAGAAUGCAGAAUAGUAGUUGUGAAUCUGCAGGCUUUUUGCUUGCUCUGGACCGCUAUCUUGGAUUUUUGUUGGAUCGAUCUGACAGACUUUUGCCGCGGGGAUUCUUUUUUAAAAUGUCGACGGAAUUCCCACAUGUCGUCCAUAGUGCCGUCCAUAGUGCACGGAGAUUCCUGACG